AUGAAGAAGAACAAGAGACCAAGAAGGAGUCCUUCUCCUGAUCUUCAGCCAAGCAGGGCCUAUGGCCUGCCAUCGACAUCCACGACUCUGGGCAGCAGCAGCAGCAGCAGCAGCAAAGUAAAAGAGAGAGAGAGAGAGAGAGAAGAUACGAAGAUGGGCAGAAAGAAGCCUCGAGAGCCGGGCAAAAAAGAAAAACAGAGCAAAGCACGCAAAGACGCAGCAGCCAGAAGGGAAGAAGAAGAAGCUAAGAGGCGACGGCCCAAAAGACGAGAGCGAGAGAGAUAUAAGAAAGGCCUCGCUUUCCCCAGACUUGCCCCAGACUCUCUCUCCCCGUCUCCGUCUCCGUCCCCGGACUCUCUUCUUGACUUUGAUCUUAUCCAACUCUUCUUCUUCUCUUCUCUUCUCUUCUCUACUGUCAUCAUCAUCAUCAUCAUCAUCGCCGUCGCCGUCCUUCGUCCUGCUGCCAUCAAGUCUUCGCUGUAA